UGGCCGCUCUGUUUGCACGCUCUGCACCUUGCUCCUGCCCUCGCCUUUCACUCUUCUUAACCCCCGAUACCCGGAUCAUUCCUGACAGCUCCUGAGUGCCUGGAUUUCAUCAUCCAGCCCUGCAGGAUGCUCCCCUUUGUUCUGAGGAAGGAGGUCCCAGAGGGAGAGGAGGAGAUGGAGGUAGACACCAAGAUUGAUAUGGAGGAGGAGAUGGAAAUAGACGGAGAAGUCCCUGGAGAGGAAGAGAUGGAUGUGGAUGAGGAUGAUGAAGAAGAGAUGGACGUGGAUGUGACUGAGGACGAAGAGAUGGAUGUGGGUAUGGAAGAGUCCAUUGAGGACAUGGAUAUUGAUUAAGAAGGUGCGAUGGACAUCACCGACAGAGGCACCACCCUUUUGUAUAUAUGUUUUACACUUUGUUGUUGUUCUUUAGAAUAUAGAUUUUAGGACUUCUGUAAAUACAUUUCACAUAGUUUUGCUAGGUAGGUUUUUCUGUAUAAAUGUUCUAUCGAUUGUUGUUGUUAUAAAUAUUCUUAGAAUGUAAAUAUGUUCUGUAUUUUUGCUGCUGUUCUUCUGUAAUAAACAAAUUUUAUUUUUCACAUCCCAGUUCUCCUUGCAUUUGCUUCAGGCACAGGCAGCAUUUUGCAAAGUUGUAGUUUCCACUUGCUCCUGGUUCCCAGGGCUGGAGGUCAGAAGUAGAUGAAGGGGAAAAAAACCUACAAUUAAGAGUGUCCAUAACACCCAGAGCCAAAAGAAGCCCAGGGGAUCAGGAAAGAGGGAAGCACGUGCCCCAAACAACAGCAGAAACGUAGUGGAAGCUCUGGAGGGAACAAAAGAAAGAGGAAGCCUGAGGGAAGGAAAAAACGUCUCCCCACAAGGUGUUUUGCUUUUUUUCAUUGAGAGUCUCUUCUAUCAUGUGGUCGAAACCCAGAAAAAUAAAGGUCAGGAGAAGCAUGCUUUAUUGGGAACAUUCCUGCAUAUUAGACAA